UCUCCGAAGGUGCGGCGUCGCCGUCACCUAUGCAGAAGCAACCGCCCUCGGAACAGAAGGCGCUCGUCGUGGACCCCGAGUUUAUCGUCGAUUCGUCUCCCGCGGAGGAGGAGGACGAGGUUCUCGUCUUGGACGCGUCCUUGGAGGCUCGAAGCGCGAGCCCGGCGUCUAGCCUGCUGCCUGACUCCCCCAGGAAGGAGCACGAGCUGUUCUUCAAGGAAGCAGAGAAACGACAAGAAGGAGAAGAGCGCCUCGACCGACGUGUGGAGCGGAGGGAAGAAGUCGAGCAAGCCGCGACCGUCGACUCCGCGCUCUGGCAGCGAGGAGGCCUCCCGGGCACCACAGCCUCGGCGUUCCUGGUGCCGUGGAACCGGCCCGCAGUGCGGCAGACUGGUCCGCGUCUAGCGGCGCCUCCGGUGUCCUACGCCCCCGCAGCCGCAGCGGCUCCUCCGGUGUCCUACGCCCCCGCAGCCGCAGCGGCUCCUCCGGUGUCCUACGCCCCCGCAGCCCUCUACUCCUCUUCUUCCUCGUUCCAGUCGGGCGCAUUCCGGAAGCCCGAUGUUGUCACGUUCAAGGAUUGGAGAAAAGCUGCGAGACUGCCGCCGCCCGUUGCGCGGCCGGCGGAGGAUACGAUCAGUUGGUGCGGGGAUUUGUACCCGAUGGGGACGUCGAUGACGCCGCCCCCUCGGCCUUUGGUGCCGUCCUGGUCCGCGCCUCGGUCGUCGACUCUGCCGCCACUCUUCUCGACGCCGGCGCUACCGCGUGCACUGCCGGCGCCACGUGUUCCUCCAACGCGGCCAGCUGGGCUUCCGCCUUCGCAGCCAGCUGGGCUUCCGCCUUCGCAGCCAGCUGGGCUUCCGCCUUCGCAGCCAGCUGGGCUGCCGCCUUCGCAGCCAGCUGGGCUGCCGCCUUCGCAGCCAGCUGGGCCGCCGCCUUCGCAGCAACCAGCCGAGGAGUUCAUCACCGAGUUCUACCCGGCGGUAUGGCGACGGCCGAGGCGCUGUUUCAGCCCGACCCCUGAUCACCCCUUGUUAUUCUGUCGUCCGUAUGGCCAGCAGCGACCCCACGUUCCCGCGCCUCGACCCUACGUUCCCGCGCCUCGGCCUUACGUUCCGCCGCUGCCACCCUGCCUUGCCCCAUCGCUCUCCUAUCCCGCGCCGCGACUCUGCCUUCCCCCGCCGCGACCCAGGCACACGAUAAACCGGGAAAACCAGCCUGCCACGCAGUCCAGGAUGCAAAGACCUUGGCGACCGCCAGGAAGAGGAACGUUUUAGCGACUGUAAACAAAGCGAGGGAAUAGAGGGGGUAGCUGCAAGCAGCGGCACAGUCCCGUCAGCAAAUAAAAGCUCAUACUUGUGCGUUCUUAA